CUUUCGUGGUGUCGAGUACCUUCUCUCUUCUCUUAAGCAAGUUUCAAAGAAGUAUCUCUAAGUGUAUAUUUUUCUUCUAGAUAUCAAGUUCUCCAGAGAAGAAGUAAAUUUGCAUCCCGCAAUAAUGGCUUAUCGCAACAACAACCGUCGGGGUGGUGGCGGUGGCAACGGUGGAGGAAUAGGUAGCAACUUUAGCAAUAACUACGGAAACCGCAUCAAUCCCUGGGAUGCGGGUGUAAGCGGUGGUCGUGGGAACAACGACGCCAUCACAUUUGCCAAUAGCUUGAUCAACAAUUUGAUCCGCAAUCAGAACACUAACCAGGUGCCGUCGCUUCUGGACGGCGUUCAAUCUUCGCGAUUUGACGAUAUCAAUGGUUACAACUUCAUUAGGAAUCGAUAUGGCAAAAACCGUAACAAUAAUGGACGUGGCAUUCGCAAGCUGGAUGCUGUUAGCCGUUCCAAGAAUGUUCUGGCAAAGAAUGCACAUAAGCCAACUAAUAAAGUAACUUACGACUAUGCUAAUAGCAGUUAUCGAAAUGACCAGAGAAGUGGCGGUAAAGGAGCCAAAAAAAGUAACCCCAAUAGUGUUGGUGUUCCAAAGGAGAAAUCUACGCUCUCGAAGGCUUCACCGUACUUGGAAGUUUCAAAUGAUUUCCUCUACUGUCAUAUGUGUGAUAAGCAUAUGUACGAUGCGACUUCGUUUGAAAAUCACAUCACUGGUCGCACGCAUCGUGUGAUGAAGGAGAGCAUUGAGGAGAGUUACCGGAUGCGGGCCACACUGUUGCGGCAAGAGGCUAGAAUUGCUGAGCAGCUCAAGACGAUCGAGAUUGAUCGUCUAAAACGCAUGGGCAAAGCCAAAAACUACUAUAAAGUUCGUGAAUAUUGUCCGAUGUGUGAACUAUUCUUCUACGGUCACAUUAUUGCCCAUCGGCGAUCGGAAAAGCAUUUGGACCUCAAAAAGUUCUUACACCCCAAGUGUGAUGACUGUGAACUAGAGUUUCACAAUCGCACCGAGUACGACGAUCAUCUACUCUCAGUUGUGCAUAUGAAAAAUUGCAAAUCCAAACCUAGCCGGCUCGACAUCGAAAGAAAGGCAAAACAAUUGACCAUUUCUACAAUCAACGAUGAGCUACAGGAUAUAAGAGAAGAGACAGCUCCUAAAAAGAAGAAAGACAAAGAUUCUACCAGCGGCUCAUCGUCUAGGAAAGCUGAUGAUGGUAAAAUCAGCAGCAAGUCGUCGCAGGUCGCUGAAUCGUCGGCAUCAACAAGUGGUAGAGCAUUGGAAAAUGAAGAGUCGACAACAGCGACUGACGAUGAUCCAAUUCGAGAGGCGCUGGGCGGUGACAGUGAAGGUGGAAAACUAUUGUCAGAGGACGCGGGAGGAGCCGGUGUUGACGAUUCUAAGCUAGACGAGGAUAUCCCGGAGGAUGAGGUCGUGAAGGAAGAGGAAAGUGAAGACUGCAUAUUGGACUACAAACCGGGCGACGAAAUUGCUCCUGAAAUCGAUAAUAAAUUGCCUCGCUACAAGAAGAAUCGUGCGCUAGGCAUCAGCCUAAUUGGAAAGCUGGAGUGCAUCGAAUGUUGCAUCUGUCAUAAGUAUUUUGAUAACGUUGCAACGGGAGAAGUGCACGCUCGCACACAUUCGCACUAUCGAGCUUUCAUACGGUUUCUGAACGAAAAAGCGAUGGAGGUGCGUAUCGCACAAAAGCGUGCGGCCGUUGCGCUGGAAGAAGCAGAGGCAGCAAAGAAAAAGCAGAAACUUAUUGAUGAUAAGACUGGUGCUGACGGUUGCAUUGAGCAAAACGGAGAGGGCGAUAAGAAGAACUCGGAGCUGUACGAUCCUUCCGAAGCUACAGAAUCUGGUGAUGCCAGCAUGGCGGAGGAUAGCAAAAGCGACGACGGUGAGAACGGAUCAGAGCAAAUCGAACCGAUGGAGACAGAAUUAGUUGGAAGCACGGUGGACAGUAUCGAAAAGAACGGCUUGUCUUCUGUAUCGGGCAGCUCGGUAACCCAGCCCGGGGUCAACCCAGACGAACAAGCUGGUAGUAAUGGUGAAGAUUCUGGCAAAGAGGAAGAGUCCAAGGAGAGGGACGAUAAAUGCUCGACCAAGCAUGGCGGUAACCGUCGGGGUCGGUCCGGUAGACAUGCAGGACGAAACUAAGGAGCUGUAAUGGAACCUUCAAGUACAAUAGCUCUAGAAAAUGUUUAACACUAUCGAUAGCAUCAAAGUGAAGAAAGCGACACGAAACGAAAGAUAAAAGGGUUUUAAAAUCAAACUCUUUUGCAAUGACGUAUGUGUAAUAACUCAGAUACGGAUGCACUUUCUAAGUAAAUGUCAUUAAAACACACCACAAACAUGAAUUAAUUACAACAUGAACGCUGAUAACGAAAAGAAAACGAUGCUAAAAAGCAUGCUAGUUUCUUCCGUUUUUUUGGUUACUAAAUGUUGGAAAGGAUUAUGUUGCAGCGUACAUAAGAUUCACAACACUUUCUUCCUUCGAAUGUAGGAGCAUUAUGUUACACAAGCUCAUCCUGCUCUAACUGUCUAUUCGUAUGCUCGAUAGCUUAGAGCAUAAUAUUUCGCUUAAAUGCAAAUGCGUAUUUGAAAGGGCCUGUAUGAUGACAUACAGCGCUUCAUCUAACCUCUACUCUAAAAAUGUUUAUUGCGUUCCAGCUGGCAUUCGUAGAUCAAGCAUUGCGAAAUCCGCUCGCAAUACACCUGACUCGUAAUUUUUGUGGGCAACGCUUCAACCGGAUCGCUUUCAGCGAAUACAUUGUACACCACCACCGUAAAUUAUAAGUCACCGGUCAGGAUCGGCACUUUUGGAACCUAUCAGGCUCACAAACGGCCCGAGGGUGUGAAAAUUUACGCAAGAUGAAUAAUAACCAAUGUUUAGUGUUAUUACGUGAAGUGGUACGUCUUAGACAACCCUUUCUAGUUGUAACCGUAAGGAGUAGGAAACUUCGAUAAAGCUGUAUUUGUACGUUUACUCGUGUGUAGUACCAUUUGUGGAUGUUUCGGAAUCUGAAUAACGAGCAUGCUGUUAAAGGUAUUUCUUGACACUAGCAUACUACAUCGCUGCGUAUUGCAGCAAUCUCAGCGACCUACAGCAAGAAUCAUAAACGUUGAAAUAUGCACACUAAAUGUAAUAACUGCUUGUUGAUUAUCGUAGCGCGAGUCAGUAUACACAUGGCGAUCGUAACCAACGACAGCUAAACAGUAAAAUUGAAAGCACUCUCAUUCAUAGAUAAAUAUCCUAAAUGUAAAACUUUCUCUGCCUUUCUCAUUCAGCUUUUUCCUCACAUUGUAAUAAUAUGUAUGCCGAUGCAAACUCCGCCGAUGUGCAAAGCGGUAAACUUAUUUAUUGGCGUUCGUUUAGGAGUUCGAGAUGUCGUACGAUCAGCACGCCACUGUGUAUCCGAUCGUUCAUUUCCAACAGUCUCUGAGCAUGUGGCCAAUAAUACUCAUUUGGCAGAAAUGUACGGGAGUUUGUGCAAUACGGAAACGCAAAGCGAUGAUCACAUCCAUCAAUUACUAUCAAAACACGCUUCUAAUUGUGCAGGGCAGGCCCAAGGCAAUUCACAAUGAAUGAACCCACGUAGUUGCUUUGCUGGGAUGCUAAAGCUCUUCACUUCAGAUCUUUUAUUUCUGUGUGUUUGAAACUUUGCUUUCGUUAUCACUGCAAUGCACCAAACCGGUACAAAAUCAGUUAAGGUAAAAACUGCAUACUCAAUUGCCCCGACACCAUUCAUCGUUAAACAAUGCGCAUACAUACAAACACACACACAAUAUCUUUCAAGAUAAACAAAAAUCACACCCGAACAACCCACAUAAUAUACGAAAGUAAACACUCGUACACCAAUAUAUCCAAACCAAUAAGCAAAAUAAUCAUCCUGUUCCGGUCCAGCUGCGUAGUGUUGUUUCAUAGAAAAAUGUCAACGUAGCGAAUAAAUAUGACCCUGUGUUGAGUAUUACCCGCCAUCGAUGCAAAACUGCGGAAAAUCAAAUAUGCGUAUAUUCUACCACAAGAGCAGAGGAAAAGAAAAGAAGCGUGAUACUCCAAGUACGGAUACAUUAUAUUAAAAUACCGAGGGUAAAUUCACCAAUGCGAGAAUUUAAUUUGUUUGAAAGUGAUAGCCAGCUGUACUAUGACCAUCGAGCUCAAAAUCUCUACUUUCUUUACUUACGACCGCAAAAAGUCACCUAUUCCGGCUUGCCAGCAGCAGAAAGAGAGGAGGAUGAACAAAACGGUGAAAGAUACCGUACACCUAUGAAAUAAUAGGGGUAUGUACUACGCGUUGUAACAUUGUAGGAAGGAGACAUUUCUGAAAUUCAGAACAUCAAAAUACAUGCGAAACGAUUUCGUCGAGAGUACCUCUGCUUGUAUGAGUGCAAGUAUUUAACGACCCACAAUCAAGCAGGACUGACGGUCGAAAUAAAGAUGAGUGAGAAAACUUGCGAACGCUUAGUUCAAUGACAAGAACGAAUACAUUGAAAAAAUUUGUAAACGAAAAAAUAACACAUGCAAAAUACGACGAGAAAGAAAUUCGAUCUGAACCAAAGCACGCAUUAAAGAAGAUGCAUUUGUAAGGAGCAUCGACAGUAGUAAAUGGCACAAAUAUAGGUCUAAACGACCAAUGCUCGAGCGAGUAUCGAAUGAGCCUGUAACAACAAAACCAACAGCUGGUAGAGUGUGCAACUCAAGUGAAGAAGCGUGGGGAAAGAUAAUUUGUUGAACAUCUCAAAAAUAAAUGAAAAUAAUUGGCAAA